AUGCAUCUCACAUUGCUUCCGCUCACAUCCCUCGCAGCAUCGGCCGCCGCCGCUGCAACGUCAUCCAGAGAUGCCUCCCGCCCCCAGCACUGGCUCUACAGCAGCCAAGUCGACGAGCUCGCGCUCAAACUCCUAGACAACCCGGCCCUCGUUGGCGUCCAGGCCCUGUAUAGCUGGAAGUCCCUCGAGCCCCGUCAGGACGAGUACGACUUCUCCGCCAUAAAAAGCGACAUUGCGCGCGUUGGAGAAAAAGGCAAACGGUUCUGGGUGCAGCUCCAAGACAGGAGCUUUUCUCCCGCCAACGACCCCGUGCCCGAGUACAUGCACGCGGCGCAAUACAACAACGGCAGCGCGCCGACCUGCGACGGCGAAACAUGCGACACCGACUUCAAGAUCGACGGCUGGGCGGCUCAGCAGUGGAAUCCCGAGGUGCGGAAGCGCUAUCAGGCGCUCCUGGGCGCCCUGGCACGGGAGCUCGACGGCGACAUCGUCGGUCUCAAUUUGCCCGAGACGGCCAUCACAGUGAACCAGGGCGACUACAACUUCACCAGCGAGGCGUAUUUUCGCGGCCAGCUCGAAAACGCCGCCUACGCUGCCAAGGCCUUCGGGGACUCGUACGUGGUGCAGUACGUCAACUUCUGGCCCGACGGGUGGAACGACGCCAACGGCUACCUCAGUAGAUCCUUUGAAUUUUACGCCCGUCACCAAGUCGGCGUUGGCGGACCAGAUCUGAUCCCCUUCAAAGCCGCGCAGGUUGACAAUUCGUACCCCUUUAUUGCCGAGUAUCACGACAGGGUGCCCAUUUCUGUCGUGGCUGUUCAGGAGCCCGAUCUAGACGAGGUGAAUCCUCGUACAGGAAUGAAAUUCACCAAGCAGGAAUUCGUCGACUACGCAGAUAAUGUGUUGAAAGUGCGCAUCAUCUUCUGGGCCACGGCUUCACCUUGGCUAAAAAGCAGCUAG